AUGAGGCAGGAGAACCAGAGCAGCAUGUCUGAGUUCCUCCUCCUGGGGCUCCCCAUCCUUCCAGAGCAGCAGGGGGUCUUCUUCACCCUGUUCCUGGGCAUGUACCUGACCACUGUGCUGGGGAACCUGCUCAUCAUCCUGCUCAUCAGGCUGGACUCGCGCCUCCACACCCCCAUGUACUUCUUCCUCAGCCAACUGGCAUUCAAUGAUAUGUGUUUAUCAUCUGUCACUGUCCCUAAGAUGUUGAUGAACAUGCAGGCUAAUGACAAGUCCAUCCCUUAUGCAGGGUGCAUUUCCCAAACUUAUUUUUUCAUACUGUUUGGCUGUCUUGACAAUUUCCUUCUGGCAGUGAUGGCCUAUGACAGGUACGUGGCCAUCUGUCAGCCCCUCCACUACAACACCAUCAUGAGGCCGGAGCGGUGUGUCUCCUUAGUCGCUGGGUCCUGGUUCUUCUGCCUUUUCCACUCUCUGUUGAACACCCUCCUUUUUACCCGACUGUCCUUCUGCACUGACAAUACCAUCCCACACUUUUUCUGUGAUCUUUCUACACUCCUGAAGAUGAGCUGCUCAGAUGUUUUCCUCAAUGAGUUGGUUAUCUUCAUUGAAGGAGGGGUGAUUAUCAUUGUGCCUUUGAGUGGCAUCUUGGGCUCCUAUGUCCGGAUUUGGACCACUGUGCUGAGAGAGCCUUCAGCUACGAAAUUCUUCAAAGUCCUGUCUACCUGUGGCUCCCACCUCCUCGUUGUGGCUUUAUACUAUGGGACCAUUGCAGAAGUUUACUUUUUCUCUUCAUCAUCCACCUCCAAUGAUAAAAACAUAACUGCCUCUGUGAUGUAUAUGAUAGUUACUCCCAUGCUGAACCCCUUCAUCUACAGUCUGAGAAACAGAGACAUGAAACGUGCCUUGGAAACACUUGUUAAUCGGGCUAAAUUCCUUAUGUCAAAAGACUCAGUCUGA